AUACAUCAAUCAGGAAUAUUCCAUCAGUAUGUUCCUGCGCAAAAGCUGGAUGGACAAACGCCUUGCUUACAACGAUGUUCUAAACUGGACCCGCCUCGAGCUUGACCAAUCCCUUUUUGGCACCAUCUGGCAGCCGGACGUCUACAUUUCCACGGAAAGCAAUCCGAUUUCCAUUACGUCACCGUGCCUAACCAGUAUAUCCACAUUUAUCCGGAUGGAAAAGUCCAGUAUAGCACUAGAACGACUGGUUCCUUUUUCUGCGCUAUGGAUCUGAGGAAAUAUCCAUUUGACAGCCAAGAAUGCAAGCUGGAAUUCGAGAGUUACGGAUUCGACAAUACGAAGAUGAAGCUCGUUUGGGACACAAAACCAGUCUUGAUAGCCAAGCAGAUGAAAUACCCACAAUUCCACAUCACGGCAAGGACCCAUACUAUUGUGACAAAACGUAUUUUGACAUCACCUACCCAUGCAUUGGCGUUAAGUUCGUUCUCCAGCGAGACAACUCCCAAUCCCUAAUCCAGAUCUACGUCCCGACCGCUCUCAUCGUUAUCCUCUCCUGGGUCAGCUUCUGGAUCGACUGCACCUCUGUCCCCGGGCGCGUUUCAUUGGCGCUCCUCACUGUGCUAACCAUGACAACACAAAGCGCGGGAGCAGUUGCGAAUUUACCGGCUGUCUCUUAUAUUAAGGCGAUUGACGUGUGGUUGUCCGUAUGUCUGACUUUCGUGUUCCUUGGACUCAUAGAGUUCGCGUACGUCAAUGUUCAGUCUCGUGUGGACUAUCGACGCCGACAGUGUAAGUCCGUUGAUCGCCUGAUCAAGUCGCCUGGAUCUUCCCGUUUGACCGACCUCUCGACCAUUACCAUCAACGGCCGUCAACAACUUCACGGAGAGGGAAUUGAUGAGAACAUGUGUAAUAAUGGCCACGAGAAUCAUGCAGAGCAGAGCUGUUGGCCAUGUUUCAAGCACCUAGCUAGGCUUGAAAGGGCGCGUGCUAUCGACAAGGCAUCACGCGUCAUCUUUCCGGCAGCGUUUAUCGUCUUCAACGUCAUCUACUGGACCUACGUGUUUUAUUGGACCCCAGGGUUUAUGGAAGGUUGGGAUUAAGAGAUAGGAAAUAAGCCUUCCAGUAUGGAAGAAGAAAUGAACGUAUGCACAAUUUUUCACUAAAACAAUAAAAUAUAAUGUGGUAGUAUCGUGCUUAGCUAAAAUGCAGGCGUUUAGCGCUUUAGCGCUUUUGUUAACAUAUGUUUGUACAUGUAUACGCAUUAAUAGGAAAUAAAUCAUGUAAGCAAUUUUUGGUUUCCUUACUACAAUACAAGCCCUGCAACCACAUUUCUAGGUAGUGCAUGCAUUAUUAUAAUAAGACGAUUUACUAAACAAGCAAUUGCCAAGACAUGAAAAAAUGUUAAUGCAAUACAUUUUUAAGCAGGUUACAAUUUUAAUCAACCACCAUCUUCUUCAUUGCGUUAUG